AUGUGUUGGCAAUACUCGGGCUCGACCACCAAGUCAGCUGCAGAAAUGCACCGUCUGACAACAUUCCUUGACGACGAUCAUUAUAAACGAGAGGACGCUCGUGUAUUUAGCAUCCCACGUGAGAAGAAGCUAAUUGAAGAUUACCUUGCAGAUACCUCAAAUCCAUUCCGUGCAGACGAUGGCUGGCAGAAGUCAUCAGUGAAGAUUCCUCUGCCGAAAGAGAAGAGAAAGUGGCACUCUGAAGCCGAUGCCCCUCAGCUCGAAAUCGAGGGAGUACACCACCGAUCCCUCACUAACAUUAUCACCUCGGUUUUCGAAGACAGUGCCUCGUCGACUUUCCAUAUGACCCCGUUUCAGCAAAUGUGGGAAACCCCCGAUGGACGCAACAUCGAGAUAUUUUCUGAAGCCUACUCUUCCAUUGCGAUGCGAGAGGCUUAUGCCGAAGUCAAUUCUCUUCCUCGUGCAGCUGACGAUAACCUCGAACAUGUAGUGGCUUCGUUAAUGAUGUGGUCCGAUGCAACGCACCUUGCUAGUUUUGGUGAUGCGUCCCUCUGGCCAUUCUACCUCUUCUUCGGAAACCAAUCGAAGUACACCCGCGGCAAGCCAACUGCCUCCGCAUGCCACCAUGUAGCUUAUAUUCCAACGGUAUGUCAUGUCCCAUUAAUCCUACCAGUGCACUAA